CUUGUUGACAAAAUACUUCUCACCAGGUCUACUAUGUCCUUCCUCACUCCGGUCUCAGGAUGCUCAAUUGAGCUACAAUCCCUUGGGAACCUUGAGGGUCUGCAAUAUGAGAACGGGGUACAGCAGUAUUGUGGCAUUCCCUAUGCUCGUCUUCGCAAACGUUGGACACGUUCAGAGCUGAAUACCACAUGGGAGAAUGACCACCAUGACGGGACAAAACUGGGAGCUGAUGUCCCACGGCCAACGCUGGAAGGCGACGACUCGGACGAUUUAACGCCAGUGCCACCACCGGCGCACUUCCCAGAACUCCCACAAGUGGAAGAGCUGCACGGGCUCGUGAUGAACAUCGUGAUUCCCCAUGCUCCAAAGAGCCAGAAACUACCCGUUUUCGUCUACGUCCACGGUGGCUCGCUCCUAUACGGGGGUGCCAACCUUCCCAUCUUCGACUGCGUGAACCUCGUUUCGCAUAGCAUCAAAAUCGGAAAACCCAUCAUAUGCGUCAACUUCAACUACCGCGUCGGGCUGGGCGGUUUCCUGGCCAGCCAAGCCAUCAAGCAGGACCUCGAACGCGACGGCUAUCAAGGAUGCGGAAACUUUGGAUUCACAGACCAGCUGGUAGCCUUCGAAUGGGUCCAGCGAUACAUCGCGUCCUUUGGCGGUGACCGUAACGAAGUCACAGCCGUUGGAGAAUCGGCCGGUGGGAUCUCCAUCAGCAACCAUCUAGUAGCGGCCCACCCGCCGCGCUUCCACCGAGCCGUGUGCAUGUCCGGCCUCUCCGUUUCCAUCCCUCCCUGGACCAUGGAGCAACACGAAGAGUACUUCCGCGCCGUAUGUCGGUACUUCGACAUCAACCCGUCCGCCCCGGACGUGCUCGACCGCCUGCGUGAGCUCCCCCAGCAGGAACUUGCGAACGCCACCGCCGCCAUUCAAGGCGUUCUCUCGGGCACCGGAAACCCCUGUCUCGACGGGUGGUUCUACGAUCGCCAUCCCCUGGAGGUCCACGAGCCACCCCGCUGGCUCAAGGCCUACAUGCUGGGCGACGUCUACCACGAAGGAGUCAUCUUUCACCUCAACAUGCUGACCGACACAUACGAUACAAUCUUCCAAACCCUCCAAAGCAAGAUCCAAAACGCCGACGAAACCACCCGAAUCCUCAGAGAGUACGUGAUCGAGCCCGAAGGACUAACCUCGGAAGAACUUCUCACGCGCCUGGAACACAUGUGCGGGGACGCGAUCUUCAAGAUUCCCAAUUAUGCUACCUCCCUGCUCUGCACUUCUCUGCGGGAGAAGAACGCUUUAUACCUCUAUCACUUUGACCGACGGUCCCGGCUCAAGAAUCCCUUGGAGGGUACCGCAUACCACGCCAUUGAGCUCCUGUAUCUCUUUGGGAACCUGGACAACGAAAUGAACGACGAAGAGAAAGCCAUGGCUCGGGAUUUCGCCACGGCGUGGAUCGCCUUCGCGUACGGCGAAGCACCGUGGUCCGCACGGGAGGGUCAUUGGAAAGUCUGGGGUCAGGCCUGCGUUCAUAUGGUCCAGAGCGAAGAGGAAGAUCAGGAGAUCCGUGACUAUGCGCGUAUGAAGCGGAUACUGGCUAUGGGGGACGGCAGGACCUGGACCAAGUGGCUUGAAGGGGUAGAUUCGCUUGUGAAUAAGCGGAUGAACAUGGGCAAGUUUACCAGGCAGAAAAAACCUGAAUUUUACUUCAGUUACUAGCCAGUCCAUGUAGCCAAGGCAAUGAAUAUGC